AUGAGUGAUUCGCGCCUCCCCCGUCCCGCCGCCCGACUGCCGCCCCUGCGCGCCUCCCGCCCGGUCCGCGUCAGCCGCGCCGCCCGCCGCCGGCUCUACAUCCCGGGCGCGACUCGCCAGCGCCGCCGACCUCACCGCCGCCACCGCGCCUGCGCGCCGGCCAACGGCCGCCCCCCGCCACUGCGCACGCGCGCCGCGCGCCCGCCCGCCGCCGCGCGCCCGGGGCAUGCUGGGAAGGGGCUCCGGCGCGGCCUCGCCGGCCCGUCCAGUCCGGUCGGGCCCCGAGCCCCGCCCCGGCCCCAGGCCCCGACCCCCGGCCCCCGACCCCCGCAACCCCCCGGGGCCCCGCGGCCUUCCCCCCUCCCGGCCCGUCGCCCUCGCCCCGUCCUCUCCCCGGCCCGGCCCCGCCCCCCGGGCCCGCGGAAGGCGGCAGGGGCGGCCGCGGGGCCCGCCAGCCCGGCCUGCGCCGCCCGAGGAGCGGCCGGGGCGGCGGGGGCCGCGCAGGGCCCGUCCCCAGGCGCCCGGGAAAGCCCGUCCUUGGAGAGGCCGGCCCCCGGCUGGGGCGCGCGGGAUAUCGUGCACCCGGUGCGCGUGGACGCCGGGGGCGCCUUCCUGUCCUACGAGCUGUGGCCGCGCGCGCUGCGCAAGAGGGCAGUGUCGGCGCCCCGGGCCGCGCCCGCCUUCUACGAGUUGCUGUUCCACGGCCGCACGCUGCGCUUCAACCUGAGCGCCAACGCGCACCUGCUGGCGCCCGGCUUCGUGAGGGAGACGCGGCGGCGCGGCGGCCUGGGGCGCACGCUCGUCCACACCCAAGCCCCCGCCUGCCACCUGCUGGGCCACGUGCGGGACCCCGAGCUGGAGGGCGGCCCGGCGGCCAUCAGUGCCUGCGACGGCCUGAAAGGCAUGUUCAGGCUCUCGGACCAGGACUACUUCAUCGAGCCCCUGGAGGGUGCCCCGGCCCGGCCCGGCCGCGCCCAGCCCCACGUGGUGUACAGACGCCAGGCCCCGGACCCGCGGCUGGAAUGGGGGGGCUCCAGGCCCCCAGGCACCUGCGGGGUGCAAGAGUCCCUGGAGCCCGAGCCCCGGCGAGAGCAGUGGCAGCAGCGGCGGCAGCAGCGCUCUGUCAGCAAGGAGAAGUGGGUGGAGACCCUGGUGGUGGCCGACGCCAAGAUGGUGGAGUACCAUGGGCAGCCGCAAGUGGAGAGCUACGUGCUGACCGUCAUGAAUAUGGUGGCCGGCCUCUUCCACGAUCCCAGCAUCGGGAACCCCAUCCACGUCACCAUCGUCCGGCUGGUGCUGCUGGAGGAUGAGGAGGAGGGCCUAAAGGUCACGCACCACGCAGACCACACCCUGCGCAGCUUCUGCAAGUGGCAGAAGAGCAUCAACAUGCGGGGGGACGCCCACCCGCUGCACCACGACACGGCCAUCCUGCUUACCCGGAAGGACCUGUGUGCGGCCGUGAACCAGCCCUGCGAGACCCUGGGCCUGUCCCACGUGGCGGGCAUGUGCCAGCCGCUCCGCAGCUGCAGCGUGAAUGAGGACUCGGGCCUGCCCCUGGCCUUCACCGUGGCCCACGAGCUCGGGCACAGCUUUGGCAUUCAGCACGACGGAAGCGGCAAUGACUGCCAGCCCGUUGGGAAACGGCCUUUCAUCAUGUCUCCACAGCUCCUGUACGACGCGGCGCCCCUCACCUGGUCCCGCUGCAGCCGCCAGUACAUCACCAGGUUCCUCGACCGAGGGUGGGGCCAGUGCCUGGACGACCCUCCUGCCAAGGACGUCAUCGACUUCCCCUCCGUGCCGCCCGGGGUCCUGUACGACGUGGGCCACCAGUGCCGCCUGCAGUACGGGCCCUACUCGGCCUUCUGCCGGGACAUGGACAAUGUCUGCCACACCCUCUGGUGCUCCGUGGGGACCACCUGCCACUCCAAGCUGGACGCCGCCGUGGACGGCACCCGGUGUGGGGAGAGCAAGUGGUGUCUGAACGGGGAGUGCGUCCCGGUGGGCUUCCGGCCCGCGGCGGUGGACGGGGGCUGGUCGGGCUGGAGCGCCUGGUCCGUGUGCUCGCGGAGCUGCGGCGCAGGGGUGCAGAGCGCGGAGCGGCAGUGCACGCAGCCCCCGCCCAAGUACAAGGGCAGGUACUGCGUGGGCGAGAGGAAGCGCUUCCGGCUCUGCAGCCUGCAGGCCUGCCCCCCCGGCCACCCCUCCUUCCGCCACGUCCAGUGCAGCCGCUUCGACACCAUGCUGUACCAGGGCCAGCUGCACACGUGGGUGCCCGUGGCCAACGACGAAAACCCCUGCGAGCUGCACUGCCAGCCCACCAGCACGCACUUCGCCGAGAAGCUGCGGGACGCCGUGGUGGACGGCACGCCCUGCUACCAGGGCCAGGCCAGCCGCGACCUCUGCAUCAACGGCAUCUGCAAGAGCGUGGGCUGUGACUUCCAGAUCGACUCGGGGGCCGAGGAGGACCGCUGUGGCGUGUGCCGCGGGAACGGCUCAAGCUGCCACACGGUCACAGCCACCUUCCAGGAGGCCGAGGGGCUGGGCUACGUGGAUGUGGCGCUGAUCCCGGCGGGCGCCCGCGACAUCCGCAUCGAGGAGGUGGCCGAGGCCGCCAACUUCCUGGCGCUGCGGGGCGAGGACCCUGAGGAGCACUUCCUCAACGGCGGCUGGACCAUCCAGUGGGCCGGGGACUACCUGGUGGCGGGGGCCACCUUCACCUACAGGCGCGCCGGCAACUGGGAGAACCUCACGUCCCGGGGCCCCACUCUCCGGCCCGUGUGGAUCCAGCUCCUGUUCCAGGAGCGCAACCCUGGCGUGCGCUACGAGUACACCAUCCACAGGGCAGCCGCAGCGCCCGGCCAGGACCAGCUGCCCGUGUUCUCCUGGCAUUUUGGCCCCUGGACCGCGUGCACGGUCACCUGUGGCUCAGGUACACAGAGGCAGAGCGUCCACUGCAUGAGUCAGCAGGCGGGCCCCGUGGACGACGGGCACUGUGACCCCCUGGGCCGGCCCGAGGACCGCCAGCGGAAGUGCAGCGAGGAGCCCUGCCCCGCCAGGUGGUGGGCUGGAGAGUGGCAGCCAUGCUCCCGCUCCUGCGGGCCUGGGGGCCUGUCCCGGCGCGCCGUGCUGUGCGUCCGCGGCGUGGGCCCACAUGAACAGCGCGCCCUGCAGCUGCCCGCCUGCCAGCACCUGCCCCCACCCCCCGCCGAGACCCCCUGCAACCACCACGUGCCCUGUCCGGCCACCUGGGCCGUGGGGAACUGGUCUCAGUGCUCAGCCACCUGCGGGGCAGGCACUCGGCACCGAACCGUGCUCUGCACCAACGACAGCAGCGUCCCCUGCGAGGAGGCCCAGCGGCCAGCCGGUGAGGCCGCCUGCCCCCUGCCACCCUGCCCGCGGGUCCCGGGCGUGCUGGGCCCCGAAGGCUCCGGCAGCGGCUCCUACAGCCACGAGCUCUUCAACGAGGUGGACUUCAUCCCCCGCCUGCCGCCCCCCCGCCCGCCGGCCCCCGCGCCGGCCCCCGAGGACAAUGCCAUCGACGAGGCCCCCCGGCCGGGCCUGCCGGGGCCCGUGCUCGUGGACGACUUCUACUACGACUACAACUUCAUCACCUUCCACGAGGACCUGUCCUACGGGGCCCUCGGGCAGCCCAGCCCCGACGAGGCGGGCACGGGGGGCCAGACGCCCCCGCCCCCCAGCAGGCCUGCGCCAGCCAGCGCGCCUCCAGGGACCGAGGACCAGGGGGCCCGGGGCACGUACCCUGCCCCUCGGCCCCGCCAGCCUGACCCCUCCCCACUCCCGACCCCGGAGCCAGCCCCGGUGAACUCUGUGACCUUUGUAAUUGAGCAGGGAGCCCCCACAGGGGCCCCAGGCCUUGGGCUCCCCGGCUUGCUCCGGCCCCCCACCUCUGAGGGCGGGACGGAGUUGCCUGCUGCCCCGGGACCCACUCUGCGUUCCGGGGGGCCGAGGGCCGCGAGAGCGGCCCUCCCGCUCCCCGGUGGGAGGAGACACGAGGUUUCUGAGGAUGAGGAGGAAGCCCCCGGCCCCGGCGUGUCGCCCCUGCCCCCAAGGCCCAGCCCCACAGCCCCGCUGUUUUCCAGGGGCGCGGCUCCCUCAACCCCCAGGCUUGACCCAGUGGAGCCGGGGACUCCCGGGGCUUCCCGGCCUGUGGACCCCGGGGGCGCCAGGGCCUCUCCUCCCGGCUGGCACUGUGCGCCCACCUCUGGCGGCCACCCGGAGCCCGGGGCCUUGGGGCCCCGCAGCGUCCCCCGGCUCCGUGCCGCUGCCCACCCUGCUUAUCCUCAUCCGGCCCACAGCAGCAGAGCCCCCGAGGCCUGGCCUUGGGCCCCCGUCCUGGCUGAGGGGGAGCCCUCCACCGGCCUGCCGCCUGCCGGGAACGCCAGCUGGGAAGUUGGCAACUGGAGUGAGUGCUCCACCACCUGCGGCCUGGGCGCCGCCUGGAGGCCCGUGCGCUGCAGCUCCGGCCGGGAGGAAGACUGCACCCCUGCCAGCCGCCCCCAGCCUGCCCGCCGCUGCCACCUGCGGCCCUGCGCCACCUGGCUGGCGGGCAGCUGGAGCAAGUGCUCCCGCAGCUGCGGGGGAGGCUUCUCCGUGCGGGACGUGCAGUGCGUGGACACGCGUGACCUCCGGCCUCUGCGGCCCUUCCACUGCCAGCCGGGGCCUGCCCAGCCCCCGACCCGCCGGCCCUGCGGGGCCCAGCCCUGCCUCGGCUGGUACACCUCUGCCUGGAGGGAGUGCUCUGAGGCCUGUGGCGGCGGCGAGCAGCAGCGGCUGGUGACCUGCCCGGAGCCCGGGCUCUGCGAGGAGGCGCUGCGGCCCAACGGCACGAGGCCCUGCAACACCCAGCCCUGCGCCCAGUGGGUGGUGGGGCCCUGGGGCCAGUGCUCAACUGCCUGCGGCGGUGGUGUCCAGCGGCGCCUGGUCAGUUGUAUCAACUCCCAGACGGGGCUGCCCGAGGAGGACAGCGGCCAGUGCGGCCACGAGGCCGGGCCGGAUAGUGCGCGGCCAUGUGGAACCCAGGACUGCCAGCCCCCUGCGCCUGCCCACUGCGAGCGGGACCGCUUGGCCUUCGGCUUCUGCGAGAUGCUGCGCCUGCUGGGCCGCUGCCAGCUGCCCACCAUCCGCGCCCAGUGCUGCCGCUCCUGCCCCCGCCUGGCCAGGGCGCCCCGCCCGCCACGGACCCUGCCCCCACGCCCGCACAGACUGAUCGCGCAUGGGCCUGGGUGCCCAGCACACCGCAGGGAGCCGGCCCUGGCCCAGAUGGUGCUUUCCCUCCGCAGCCGCCACCCCUCCCCCCGUGAAGCACGUCGCCGCGGCACGUGUAAACAUGAUCUACCUUGCAAAGUGUGCCUCGGCUCCUUGGAUUUGGGGGUCACGAGGGUGGGCUGCGGGGGUGGCAUGAGGGCAGGACAACCUCUGCAGGCCCUGCUGAGCCUCGGUGCCCCCUGCACAACCCAGGCCCCUAGGUCCUCAGACGCCGCCGUAGGGCUGCCCUCGCACCCUGCAGCGGCAGCUUGGCCUGUGCGGGGCUGGAUGGCGAGGGUGGGCUUGGGCGCACCCCUGGAGCCCCAGCAUCGUCCUUGUCAUAUGCAUGAGUGA